GUUCGAACAAGCAAAUAUUGGAAAGAUAGCUAAUAGUACAGGACGUUUCCACAGUGCAUAUUAUAAUAUAGCGAGGAGGUGACGACGAUUACUGACCGAUAUGUAUAAGAUCACCAAAAUUAGUUGCUCUUUGACUUAUUUUGUGAGAUGAACUUUAUUUCAGUCCCCUUGCUAUAAAUUAUUUUAAAUUUUGUAAGUGAACAAAAUGAUUUAAUUACACAUUAGUAUGGAAUGUACCGGGAGGCUACAAAGGUGAGCUCUUCUGUCUCCUCAGUAGGUGGAGACACUAUUCUUGUUGACGUCAUCUGCCAACGUCCGGUACAGAAAUUAGAGACGAUCCUUAACACAACCCAACGCAUUGCCUACACAGGGCAGCAGCUGCUAUGCUAAAGGCCUUAGGGAGGCCGUGAAGAAUCCCAUUCAACGAGAGGUUUAAAUUAUACUCACAGAGAAAGAGAGGGGGGGGGCGACCAAGAUCGAGUUCUUGCAGGUUACGUGUGUAUCUCGCUGUGAUUGGACGAUAAGGGAGAACGGAAUUUUGGUUGGCAUUCCCACCAGCUGAUAACAGGUUGGGUUUGCGGAGUGUUCGCCGCACCUAGAGUAGUGCAGUCUGUCUCGAGACCGUGAUUGUGAUGGUGUCUGACAUACUAGGCGGAUCUAAUGUUCUUGUGAAAACCGUUUACGGUAUUCUUUUCUUGUGCUUUUGUAUACAAAGACAGUGUGUGUGUGUGUUGUGUGUAGGAUCUAUCGGCAGUUGUUAUGGCUUUUCGUGGAGGUAAACGAAAAGACAUGAAGAAACAGUCGUACUAUGUGUGGUUUCUGGGUGCGAAGGAGAGCAAAGGGUUGAGAGGGGAACAGUAUAUUCGCCCUAUUCUAAAAGAACUUUUAAAUAAGGAAAGGGAAUUGGAGCCCAUGAAGGUCACCCUUCAGGUUAGUAAUAAAGGUCUUAAGAUCAUACAAAACGUUUCAAGAAAGAACAAUAGGGAGAAGACUGAACAGAUUAAACACUUUAUUCCUCAUCAUGCCAUCACAUGUGUGACUCAAGAGUCGAAACCAGAUGAUGAUAUAGUGUGUAGUAUCCUUCUCAUAUACAAUCCUGUCACAAAGUGUCCAAUCCACGUGCAUGCAUAUAGAUGUGAUAGUGUUGAAACGGCCACUACGCUAAGAAACCAGCUUAAGUCCUUAACGGACAAGCCAGAAAACCAGAAGAAGUUCAAAGAAAUAGAAACACGCUUGGCUGCCAAGGGUCUUCUUCCUUAUAGAAGACUGAACUCUGACGGCCGCAGCACAAGGACCGAAGGUUCAGACCUAGCCGAUGACUCAUUUAGCUCAGAUAGAGAUGUACCUGGAAGAAACAUAGAAAAUGUAACUAGUUUGUACGAUUCUUUGGCAUCCGAACUUCGUGAAAAAUUAAACAACCGAAACUCUUGUCCUAUUUUACUUCCCCCUAAGGAUUAUGACACGGUAUAUAGGAAGAGAGGUAAGUUAGACGGAAUCGAGGAAAGACGAAGUACUAAUAUCCAUAUAGUUGGAAUGAAUCAGAGACUAAAAGCCGCUCCAAUGACAAAGGAACAGGCAAGAGAGUCAGCCUCCAGUGGGAAGUCAAGUGGAAUUGGAUCAGAUGAGGUUUUAACUUCCACAGUUAAAAAAAAUACGUCGCACCAGGGAAAUGAAAACCAGGAAAUUGAUCCAGGUACCAGUUCUGAUGAGGAAGAACUGCAAGAACCAGACGUUUUAACGCAAGACAACGAAUUAAUCUUACCUUACUGGAAACAAACAGUACCACUAAAACCUUCAAAACAACGAAUAUGCUCACCUUCUCCUAUAACCAGGGCACCUCAGCCUAUUUUGCCCACUCAAUCAGAAAGUUACGUGUUUCGUAAGCCUUCUCAGGACGAUUGGCACAUCAGAUCUGAGAAACACACAGGUUCUCAGGAUAAGCAAAGGACAAGUCGUAAAGUAUAUCCUCUUGGGAAAGUAAAUGAAACUAUACCAGAAAGGCUAGACAAUACGAGACCGUUUUCUUAUCAUAUACCUAAAACUACUGAACUUUCUACAGAAUUAAGAAUCCCUGAAGAGAACCAAGAAACACAUAUAGUUUACAGACAGAAGUGUACAGACUUAACUCCACUUUCGAAAAGGGAUCCGAGACCUGUGUCUUUUCCAAGUGCAAAGGAAAAGGAUAACGACAGACGUCUCAAUCUAUUUUCCAAAACUUGUACACCACAAAAUUCUCUGGAGUUAAGAGUAGUGGAACGUCAGCGUUCUAAUCCUGUUUCAGGGGGUUCGAAUCCCUACAGUGACAUUCUUCAUGGACAUUACUUUUCUUCCCAAGAUAAAAAGGACGUUUUACCUUUUUACGAUGUGCUUGACCAACAACAACCAUCCUCAGUUUACUAUGUUAAUCAAACACCUUGUCGUAAUCGCCAUCGUUACAGAGAAAAAUACACGCCCACUCCUGAAUUAUAUCCUAGUUCUCCCGAAUUGUAUACAAGGGACAAACUAUCUAAAAAAUCAGUUGAAUGCUGCAUUGAAAAAGUCCGACAACCACAGUACCCCCAUGAUGAAAGGCGAAAAUCUGGAUAUUUUGAUCUUCCAGUGGACUUCCGGGAGUAUAGACACAGUAUCGCUGAUCCCAUUAAUCGCAGAUUAUCUAUGAACUCACAUUUUUGAAAAUAUUUAGAUUGCUGUUUUUGAAAUAUGUAUAUUUAUACAUUUUACAGUUUACAUCGCAACUAAUCAAUCCGUUAACCCUAUUACUUGGCAUCAGCAUCAUCCUCUGCUUUGUAAGUCUUUUAAAUUCAAACUUUGAAUGAAUGGUUAUCAAAACUGUAAACAUAUUAAGGUUGUGUAAUUUCCAACCCAAUCCUGAGUUUUGUUUAAUCACUGUAAAAACGUAAGGUAAACACAAGUUAUAGUUCAGUAAGCAGUCACUGAAUAAAGACGCAUAAUACAAAUCUUUGGAGAAUUACUUAUAAUUUCUUAUUUACCCAAAUACUUUAACUGGGUUCUCUCGGUGUGUAUUAUAAUCACAGGUCAAUUAUCCUAAAAAUAUUAAACUCAAAACAAAUACCAACAAGAUAUAAUUUUGAUUUUUAUUCUUUCAAUCGUAAUGAGAUAGUUGCUGAACUAGUCUUAACUGUGUAAAUUUUAAGUUUUAACCUGUGUGAUGGUUUAUCUUUUCACUGAACUGUUAAAAUGUAUAAUUUUCUAACGUACUUUUGCACUUGAUAAAGAAAUGUAAGAGAGAAAAAAACACGUAAAGUACAUUUAUAAAAAUAAUGAUUGACUUUGUAUUU